CGCAGUCGGGCUGGGGCUCCACGCAGGGACCCCUGCCCCUGUCCUCCUCUGGGCCCACCUGGGCGUUCCCCAUCUCAGGCAAACGGAGAAAUAAGGUCGCGAGGCAGGCUCCAUAUCCUGAGCACCGGGACCCCCAGGAUCCUCUCUGGAUGCCCCCAGGCCCUGGGGCCUGAGGACCGUGACACCCUGACCCUGGCUCAACUGAGUUUCUCAGGCCCCAGGAUGCCGUAGAGGCCUGAGACCUGCUCCUCCAGGUCUGUGGCUACAGUGCCCCUCACCUGCUCCGCGCCUGGCCCUGUCACAGGCUCCUGCAAUGUCACCACCCCUGCGGGCCCUCCUUCUCCUGGCCCUGGAGCUGGGGCUGGCUGCCACCCUCAACCCCAAGGACCCCAACACCUGCAGCUUCUGGGAAAGUUUCACCACCACUACCAAGGAGUCGCACUCCCGCCCCUUCAGCCUGCUCCCCUCGGAGCCCUGCAGCUGGCCCUGGGAGAGCCCGCACACCUGUCCCCGGCCCACUGUUGUCUACCGGACCGUGUACCGCCAAGUGGUGAAGACGGAGCACCGGAUGCGUCUGCAGUGCUGCCGGGGCUUCUAUGAGAGCCGCGGGGCCUGUGUCCCGCUUUGUGCUCAGGAGUGUGUCCAUGGCCGCUGUGUGGCACCCAAUCAGUGCCAAUGUGUGCAAGGCUGGCGGGGUGACGACUGCUCCAGUGCUUGCGCCCCAGGAGUGUGGGGGCCGAAGUGUGACAGGCCCUGCAACUGUGGCAACGGCAGCUCCUGCGACCCCAAGAGUGGGGCAUGUUCCUGUCCCUCUGGCCUGCAGCCCCCACACUGCCUUCAGCCCUGCACCCCUGGCCUCUAUGGCCCUGCCUGCCAGUUCAGCUGCCAGUGCCAUGGGGCGCCCUGCAACCCCCAGACCGGAGCCUGCCUCUGCCCCCCAGAGAGAACUGGGCCCACCUGCGAGGUGUCCUGUUCACCCCAUAGUGCUGGCUUCUCCUGCCCCAGCACUCCGCCUUGCCAAAAUGGGGGAGUCUUCCAGGCCUCUGAGGAUUCCUGCAGCUGCCCACCUGGCUGGACGGGCACCAUCUGCUCCCUGCCCUGCCCCGAGGGCUUCCAUGGACCCAACUGCUCCCAGGAAUGUCGCUGUCACAACGGAGGCCUCUGUGACCGAUUCACCGGGCAGUGUCGCUGUGCUCCAGGAUACACGGGGGACCGGUGCCGCGAGGAGUGCCCCGUGGGCCGCUUCGGGCAGGACUGUGCUGAGAGGUGCGACUGCGCCCCGGGCGCCCGCUGUUUCCCGGCCAACGGCGCGUGUCUGUGCGAACACGGCUUCACCGGGGACCGCUGCGCCGAGCGCCUCUGCCCCGACGGCUUCUACGGCCUCAGCUGCCAGGUGCCCUGCACCUGCGACCCGGAGCACAGCCUCAGCUGCCACCCAAUGAGCGGGGAGUGCUCGUGCCUGCCGGGCUGGGCGGGCCUCCACUGCAACGAGAGCUGCCCGCAGGACACGCACGGGCCGGGCUGCCAGGAGCACUGCCUCUGCCUUCACGGCGGCGUCUGCCAGCCCGACAGCGGCCUCUGCCGGUGCGCGCCCGGCUACACGGGACCGCACUGCGCUAGCCUCUGCCCCCCUGACACCUACGGAAUCAAUUGCUCCGCACGCUGCUCCUGCGAAAAUGCCAUCGCCUGCUCCCCCAUCGACGGCACCUGCGUCUGCAAGGAAGGUUGGCAGCGUGGUAACUGCUCUGUGCCCUGCCCGCCUGGAACCUGGGGCUUCGGUUGCAAUGCCAGCUGCCAGUGUGCCCAUGAGGCAGCCUGCAGCCCCCAGACUGGAGCCUGUACCUGUACCCCCGGGUGGCAUGGGACCCACUGCCAGCUCCCCUGCCCAAAGGGGCAGUUUGGCGAAGGCUGUGCCAGUCGCUGUGACUGUGACCAUGCUGAUGGCUGCGAUCCUGUUCACGGACACUGCCUAUGCCAGGCUGGGUGGACAGGUACCCGCUGCCACCAGCCCUGCCCUGAGGGCUUCUGGGGAGCCAACUGUAGCAACACCUGCACCUGCAAGAACGGGGGCACCUGCAUCCCCAAGAAUGGCAAUUGUGUUUGUGCACCCGGUUUCCGAGGCCCCUUCUGCCAGAAAUCCUGUCAGCCUGGCCGCUAUGGCAAACGCUGUGUGCCCUGCAAGUGUGCCAACCAUUCCUCCUGCCACCCUUCGAAUGGGACCUGCUACUGCCUGGCUGGCUGGACCGGCCCUGACUGCUCUCAACCAUGCCCUUUGGGACACUGGGGAGCCAACUGUGCCCAGCGCUGCCAGUGUCGCCAUGGUGGGACCUGCCACCCCCAGGAUGGGAGCUGUUUCUGUCCCCCAGGCUGGACCGGACAUCUCUGCUUGGAAGGCUGUUCUCCAGGGAUGUUUGGUGCUAACUGCUCCCAACCAUGUCAUUGUGGUCCUGGAGAGAGGUGCCACCCGGAGACUGGGGCCUGUGUGUGUCCUCCAGGGCACAGUGGUGCCCCCUGCAGGAUCGGAAGCCAGGAGCCGUUCACCAUGAUGCCCACCCCUCCAGUGGCCUAUAACUCGCUCGGGGCAGUGAUUGGCAUCGCGGUGCUGGGGUCCCUGGUGGUGGCUCUGGUGGCGCUGUUCAUUGGCUACCGUCACUGGCAAAAGGGCAAGGAGCAUCAGCACCUGGCAGUGGGCUACAGUAGUGGACGACUGGACGGUUCUGAGUAUGUCAUGCCAGAUGUCCCUCCGAGCUACAGUCACUACUACUCCAACCCCAGCUACCACACCCUAUCACAGUGCUCACCGAACCCCCCACCUGCUAACAAGGUUCCAGGCAGUCAGCUCUUUGCCAGCCUCCAAGCCUCUGAGCGAUCAGGUGGAGCCCACGGACUUGAUAACCAUGCCACGCUACCUGCAGACUGGAAGCACCGUCGGGAGCCCCCGCCAGGGCCUCUGGACAGAGGUAGCAGCCACCUGGACCGAAGCUACAGUUGUAGCUACAGCAACAGUAAUGGCCCCGGCCCAUUCUACAGUAAAGGAGCCAUCUCUGAAGAGGGGCUGGGGGCCAGCAUGGCUUCCCUGAGCAGUGAAAACCCCUAUGCCACCAUCCGGGACCUGCCCAGCCUGCUAGGGAGCCCUCGGGAGAGCAGCUACGUGGAGAUGAAAGGCCCUUCCUCAGGGUCUCCCCCCAGGCAGCUUCCUCAGCUCCCGGACAGCCAGAGGCGGCGACACCCCCAGCCACAGAGAGACAGUGGUACCUAUGAGCAGCCCAGCCCUCUGGUCCAUGACCGAGACUCUGUGGGGUCCCAGCCCCCUCUGCCCCCGGGCCUGCCUGCUGGACACUAUGACUCCCCCAAGAACAGCCACAUCCCUGUACACUACGACUUGCCUCCAGUUCGGCACCCCCCCUCACCCCCAGUUCGGCGCCAGGACCGCUGAGGAGCCCAGAGGGUGUGCAGAAGUCAUCGUACCUGUUCUUUGCUGCUUGAGGCUGAGGACAGAGCCCACUGUACCCUGCCAGGAGCAGGGAGGGGACUGGCCGGCCAUGAAUAUGAACAUGUUUAAUAGAAGAAGUGAAUAGAGAGGAGAUGGGAGCCUGGCUCCCAGGUUCUAUCAUGGGAACACAGUCAGCAAGAAGUCUGUGUUCCUUUUCCCCAACGGCCCCCAGGGCCCUGUGUACAUAAACUGCUGGGUUCAGUGUUGCUGGAUAACUGAUUUCAAAUCAAUGUAAAAAAUGUAUAUUGGGUAACUUUUCUGUGCAUUCCUGGCCUAGGCUCUGUGUGUGUGUGUGUGUGUGUGUGUGUGUAGGGGUGUGUGUUUGUAUGUGUGUGUGUGUGUGGUUUCAGAGGGGUACCAGGCACUGAUCCUGACUUGGGGCACUCACUAUAAUGGAGAGGCAGCCCAAACCCAGUUAGCUCUAGAAAUAGCCUGACUGGCAUCCCUGCAUUCAUCUGGUCCUCCCUCCAAUCAGCUGCUCAAAAUACAAGCUGGUUUUAGGUUACCUCUGCCUGAAAGUCUCCAUUGGUGGCCCAUGGGUUUUGGGCUACAGUCAAAAUUGUCCAAGGCCUUAAAGGCUUUGCUGGCCUGGCCUGUCUGUCUCUUCAGCCUUACCCUAAACGGUGUUCCCUUCUCCCUGCUCCAAUUACAUUGGCCUCUGUGUCCUUCUCGCAGUGACAUGGCUCCCUACGACAGGGACUUAGCGCAUCUGGAAUGCUCUUCCUGCCCCACUCACCUGCUAACUCCUGCUUGUACUCCACAUCCCAUUUUCUCUUUCAUAGCAUUGAUGACAGAUGUAUUUAUACACCAGAUACCUGCAAAAGGCCAACAGGGUGCCAGGCACUUCUCUAAUGUGUUGGUUUUUAAUGUGAUUAUUUGAUUAUUCUCUGCCUUCCCCACCAGACUGUAAAUUCCCUGAAAACAGGAAUCCCAUGUUUAUGUUCAGCAUUGGUUCCCCUUGGCACAUAGUAGGCACUCAAUAAA